AUGAAUACGUUUUUCAUAAGAAAACUAGGUUUAUGGCGGCGCGGCAGCGUGGUGGUGUGCGUGCCUGAGGCGCGGCGAUUGGCCGCCGCGUGGCUGUGUGCGUGCGCGCCCCCGCUCGGCCUCUCGCCAUACCUACCGCGCGCCGGCGCGCCGCCACACACUCACACAUGCGCGCGCGCUCUACAACCUGCGCCCGAUAUUUAUAUUCUCACAUUUAUUUUGAAAAUGUCAUUUUUUUUUCGGGAUAACACAUGUAUAUACCUACUCUAA